UGCUGAACUUCAUUGGCUGUCAACACCAGCGCGUGUCCUUCUGGCUCUGACGCCGUGCGCGCGUGCUGCCGAGCUGUAAACCCGCUGUCAAACAGCGCGGACAAGCGCGAGAGAGAUCCGCACAGAUCCGAACAGCUGCAGCUCGCUGUCACAUAAGAUGUGCCGAAGAACCGAAAUGUUAUACGGAAGAUCAUUCCGCCCGGCUGUAUGAGAGCAGAACCGCCGUCAAACGCGUAAAGGAUUUGUGCCUGUUUCUGCGCGCGCUGCGCACGUGGGGAUGUUGCGAUGGCAUGUACGAGGAGAACCAAAACUUUGGUGUCCACGUGCGUGAUUUUAAGCGGCAUGACCAAUAUUUUGUGUCUGCUCUACGUCGGAUGGAUCACCAAUUAUGUGUCUAAUAACGGAAACGUCAAAGUUGCUGAGAGGACGCGCGAGAAAAAGUUUGACGAUGACAGCAGAGGAGAAACGCUGAGGAUUAUAGAGAGACUGGACAAGCUGGAGAGUGUUGUGAACCAGCACAUCCAAGAGAAACCAUUGAAAGAUGGGGACGACACAGCUGACCAGACCCUCUCAGACUCUCUUUUUGCACACUGGGGUCAUGACCUCGGCCCAGAGAGCCGCAAGGUGGCCCUGAAGAAGUUCCAAUACUACGGAUACAACGGCUACCUCAGCGACAGACUCUCUCUAGACAGAGCCAUCCCAGACCUCGGGCCCGACGGAUGCAGAAACAUCUCGUACCCCUCCGGUCUACCACAAGUCAGCAUCAUCUUCAUCUUUGUGAACGAGGCGCUGUCGGUCAUCCUGCGUUCCGUUCAUUCGGCGAUCCAUCGAACACCCUCCCACUUGCUGAAGGAGAUUAUCCUCGUGGAUGACAACAGCAACAACGCUGAACUUUCAGAAAACCUGCAGAGGUUUGUGGACGAGACCAACCAGCAGCGGCCCGACUUCAUUAAAGUGGUUCGGCAUGAGAAGCAGGAGGGUUUGAUUCGCUCUCGGGUCAGCGGCUGGAGGGCUGCGACCGCUCCCGUCGUGGCCCUGUUUGAUGCCCAUGUGGAGUUCAGCAUCGGAUGGGCUGAACCAAUCCUUCACAGAAUCAAAGAUGACAGAACCAGGGUCAUCUCGCCGUCAUUCGACAACAUCAAAUACGACACGUUUGAGAUCGAAGAGUACCCCCUCUCAGCUCAAGGGUUCGACUGGGAACUUUGGUGCCGCUAUCUAAACCCUCCCAAAUCCUGGUGGAUGCAGAAGAAUCAAACUGCACCAAUCAGGAGCCCCGCUCUGAUCGGCUGCUUUGUAGUGGAUCGGGAGUAUUUUGAGGAGAUUGGUCUGCUGGAUGAAGGGAUGGAAGUUUAUGGAGGCGAAAACGUGGAGCUGGGGAUCAGGGUGUGGCUGUGCGGAGGAAGCGUGGAGGUCAUGCCCUGUUCCAGAAUAGCUCAUAUUGAGCGCGCCCACAAGCCCUACACAGAGGACCUGGCAACUCACGUCCGCAGGAACGCCUUGAGAGUGGCCGAGGUGUGGAUGGAUGAGUUCAAGAGCCAUGUUUAUAUGGCCUGGAACGUUCCACAACAGGACUCAGGGAUCGAUAUUGGUGAUAUCAGAGAAAGAAAAGCUCUCAGAGAGAGACUGCGCUGCAAACCCUUCAGCUGGUUCCUGAAGAAUAUUUAUUCUGAGAUGAGAACCUACACAGAGACCAUCGCUUAUGGUGUACUGAGGAACAGCCUGAGGCCGGAUCUAUGUGUGGAUCAAGGUCCCGACUCCGACAACAUUCCCAUCCUGUACAUCUGCCAUGGCCUGACGCCUCAGAAUGUGUACUACACAAGCUCUCAGCAGCUGCAUGUUGGAGGCUUGAGUCCGACCAUCGACGACGACGAUAACAAGUGCCUGGUCGACGUGAACGGCCGGCCACGACUGCUGGAAUGCAGCUACACCAGCAACAAGCACAUGAAGCUCUCCUGGCUCUUUACUCAGGGAGGCUCCAUUCAGAAUAGGAAGUCGAAGCGUUGUUUGGAGUUGGUGGAAAGUGCGGACGUGGAUCAUGGAUAUCAGCUGGCCCUUCAGCAGUGCAGCAAUCAAAAAUGGACAAUUACCAACAUAUUGCCUGGGAAAGGUCUAUAAGCAUAGUGUCUAAUGGGACGCAUCUCUGGAUAUGUAGUGGACUGAGAUACAGUGUCCCUUUACACAUUGUUGUGUCGAGGGAAGGCUGCUGUUCUCUGUUAUUUAACACUGUAAACAUCUUCACGUCUUGUGUCGGACCUCAAAGCCAACAUGGAACAAGUGUCAAACAUUUAAUUUUGACCAAAAAAGAUGGUUUAGACUAGAGACAAUGAUGCUUAAAGGGAUAGUUCACACAAAAAUGAAAAUCCUGUCUUCAAUUACUGACUCUCAUGUCGUUCCAAACCUGUAAGACAUUAAUUCAUCUUCUGAACACAAAUUAAGAUAUUUUUGAUGAAAUCUGAGAGCUUUCUGACCCUCCGUAGACAGCAAAGGAACUACCAUGUUCAAGGCCCAGAAAGGUAGUAAGGACAUCAUUAAAAUAGUCCAUGUGUCAUCAACCGUAAUGUUCUUCCGGGUCAGUCUCUUGCCAUUGACGAGUACCGAAGGUCUUAUGGGUUUGGAACGACAUGAGGGUGAGUAAUUAAUGCAUAGUUCGCCCAAACAUGAAAAUUGUGUAAUUAUUUCAUUAUUAUCUUUUUCAUUUUUUUUUUUCAGUGAACUGUCUCUUUAAAUGUUCUGCUGUAUUAUUGGCUGUUGUGUAUUUAAGCAUUUAGUAGUUUUGCUACUGUGUAGCAUAAUUUUGAAAUGUUUUUUUCUCAGGUUUGUGAAUGAUGAUUGUGAUUAUUUGAUGUGGAAAAAAAUAUUUUAUAAAUGUAAAUAGUCUUUCUAAAAAAAUAAUAAUAAAGAUUUUAACUCAU